AUGAGCGGCGUUGAAAAGCGAAGGUCGUUCAACGACGUCGAAAAGACCGACAUGGGAUACGAUGCUUCUGUGUCGCCCACCAAAGAUGUUGGCCUCGGUGAGGACCGACACAUUCGCGGUCUCGAGACGAGCGCCGAGACGUCGCUGCAUCGAGGUCUCAAGGCGCGUCACAUCACUAUGAUUGCCAUUGGUGGUGCUAUUGGAACUGGUCUUAUUAUUGGUACCGGCAAGGCUUUGGCCCAAGCUGGUCCCGGCUCCGUCUUUAUCUGUUAUACUCUUGUUGGUUUUGUCGUCUUCCUUGUCAUGGCUGCUCUCGGUGAGAUGGCCGCUUGGCUCCCCAUGUCUGCCGGUUUCACUGGAUACGCCUCUCGAUUCUGCGACCCUUCUCUCGGUUUUGCGCUUGGUUGGACUUAUUGGUUCAAAUACAUCAUCGUCACGCCUAACCAGCUCACUGCUGCCGCUCUAGUCAUCCAAUACUGGGUCGAUCGAGAUACUGUCAAUCCAGGUGUCUUUAUUGCCAUCUUCUUCAUUGUCAUCGUCGUCAUCAACUACUUCGGUAUCAGAUUCUUCGGUGAACUCGAGUUCUGGCUCUCGUCGUUCAAGGUCAUCACCAUCAUUGGAAUCAUCCUCUUCUCUCUGAUCCUGGCCCUCGGCGGUGGUCCCGAUCACGACCGCAAGGGUUUCCGCUACUGGAGCAACCCUGGCGCCUUCAAGCCUUAUUUGAAGGGUGGCGAUGCCGGAAAGUUCCUCGGCUUCUGGUCUUGCAUGGUCAACGCUACCUUCGCCUACCUGGGAACUGAGCUCGUUGGUGUCACAGUCGCUGAGGCCCAGAACCCCCGCAAGACCAUCCCUCGCGCCAUCAAGCUCACCUUCUACCGAAUCCUCUUCUUCUACUGUCUCUCCGUCCUCCUUGUCGGCAUGAUCGUCCCCUACAACUCCGAAGAGCUUGCCUUUGCCAACAAGGCCAAGGCCGGUGCCUCUGCCUCGCCCUUUGUCGUUGCCGCCGAUAUCGCUGGUGUCAAGGUCCUCCCCCACAUCGUCAACGCUUGUAUCUGUGUCUUUGUCUUCUCCGCCUCCAAUUCUGAUCUGUACAUCGCCAGCCGAACCCUCUACGGUCUUGCCUCUGACGGUUCAGCCCCUGCCAUCUUCAAGAAGACCGAUAAGCACGGUGUUCCCAUCUACGCCCUCGCCGCCUCUGCUUCUUUCUGUCUUCUCGCUUUCAUGAACGUCUCAGACGACUCAACCAAGGUCUUUGGCUACUUUGUCAACCUGACCACCAUCUUCGGUCUCCUGUCCUGGAUCUCUAUCCUGACCACCCACAUCUGGUGGUGCCGUGCCAAGAAGGCCCAAGGCAUCACCAACGAAAUCCUGCCCUACCACGCACCCUUCGGCAUGUGGGGAUCUGUCGCUGCUCUGGCCAUGUGUAUUCUCAUCGCAUUUACCAAGAACUACGACGUUUUUGUGAGAGAUCCCACAACUGGUGCCACCUUCACCAGCCCCGAAAAGUACAAGACCUUCAUUACCGGUUACUUGGGUAUUCCCGUGUACCUGAUCCUGAUCUUUGGACACAAGAUCUUCACCAAGUCCCGCGGUAUCAAGCCCCAUGAGGCUGACUUCUACACUGGCAAGGACGUCAUUGACCGCGAGGAGGAGGAGUUCCUGGCUAUGCAGGCUGCCAAGCGUGAGUCCGAGGGCCCGAACCGUGGUGGUUGGUUCUACAAGACCUUCCUUUCUUGGCUGUUUUGA